CGCUUGAGUCUGCAUUCUGAAUGAUUGCUGCAUUGCCGCAUUUCCUUCCCUUUCUGUGCGUUUUGGGUAUUGAUGAGGAGGGGCAGAAAAAGGGGGCAAAGGCAAUGGGGGGCGCUUUGCCCCAGCUGUGCUUGAAAGCCAGGUGAACGGGCACGGGGAUGUGACAGGCAGCCUCUCUCCUUGGGCGAGCCUCCCUGACGCAGUGCAGUCUUCCUGCAAAACGCCGGUUUAUGCUCUGGGAAGGGCGAGGAUGCGAAAAUGCUGGACACCAUCCACACUGCAAUCCUAGAGGAAGGUAGCAAGCGCCUGUUUCUCACCCUCUCCAAGCUCACGUCAGAAGAGGUCUUUAACAUUUGGAAUGCCGUUUCUGAGUUUGUUGAAAAGCAACUCUCCAUGAAUAGGGGUGUCUCAAUACCAGGGUUGGGGACGUUCUCCUUUUUAAGGCAAAAGCUUGACACCAGGUCCAAUAAGCACAUCCUCGUCCAAAGGCCUGUGUUUCUCCUGUCUGAAAAACUUGCGCAGACUCAUGGAUUGAAGUAUAACAACAUACACACUCCCGGUGAUAUCCCAGUUGUACAGCUGAAUUUCAUCGUGCUAUCCCUGGAGAGCCUCUUCAGCAGGGAGAUCGUGGAAGGAUGUGUGCGCGAAACCCUCUUGUUUUUCUCGCGUUCCAUCGCCAACAAGCAGAACGUGGAGUUCACUUUCAAGGGGAUCGGCGUCCUCGUUAUCCGGGACAACAGAGUGAAAAUGAAGUUCUACAAAGACUUCCUUCAGGCCAUAGAUGGGAGUGGGAAUUUGCUCAAAGCGCUUUCCAACAGGCCAGGGACGGGAGAUUCGGUGGUAUCGAGCAGGGAGGCUUCAGUUCCGUUUCCCCGAAAUGUCAUCAUGUUUCCAAGGAUGGAGAUGAAGGAGAUGGAAAAGAUUGCUGAAGAAGGCGAGAAGCCCAGCAAAGAAAAGGAGCGGACAGAUAAAGAGAACAGCAAAAAAGAAAACCUUUCACCGAAGCGCCUCCUCUGCCGCCAAGCCCUUUCCCCAGCCAAAGUGGCAGGGGUCAGUUUGACAGACGAGCUUGAGAAGAACCUUGGCAAAACAUCCCCUCCGAGGACAGCAGAACCCGUUUCCGAUUUAAAGCCAGAACAAGAAGCCCACGUUCCUGCCUUCCAACCUCGGAUUCCCUCCUCGCUUUGCCAAGAUCAUGGUAGGGCAGGACAGGAAAUGUGCUACCUGUGCCUACAGCGCGCGCAAAGGAACAUCCCUCUUUACUUGACGGAAGAGAACAGGAGGAAAGAGAAAGAGGAGGAAAGGAUCCUUGCAAAGUAUCAAGCUUUGAAAGGUGAAGAUUCUCUUCGGAAAGAGCAGUUAAGAGCCUUGGCGAAAAGAGAGCAGGACCAAGAAAUCGCUGCGUUUAAUCUAGGGGUUGCCGAAGCUCUAAGAAGCAGGAAGAAUGAAAAAGCUCCAGAAGCUUGCAGAUCCUACAUUUUUGAACACAGGCCAUCUAGUGCAACCACUCAACAAAAGCAAGAGGAAUAUUCCCAACAGUUGGCGAAACAAUUGGCACAGAAGACCACAAGAGAAUCCAGGCGAAAGCAAGAUCAGGAACUCAUGGACCGCCUGGAGCAAGUUCAGUUAGCCGAAGAGUUAGCUGCCCAAAGAACAAAGUAUAUCAAGGACAGGAUGGCCGAAAUGCAUUCUUAUAAGAAGGCCCUGGAUUUGCAGGUCAAGAUGAAGCCGGUGCAGUUGCCCCGCUGUGAGCCGAAUUCGAGCGAGACCGUCUUCGGGAAGUACGACAGCGAAGAGAAAAUGGAGGAAAGAAGGAAGCGAUCUCUGGAGUUUUCCAGACAUCAGCUGCAGGCUGCAGCGCAUCGCAAGCGGACCGCGAUCCUCAGCCAGCUGAUAGAUCAGAGGAAGGCAGCAGAUAUGAUCGAGAGGGCAAGGAAACAGUGGAUUGCUGAAAAAGGAGCCCGGCUUGAGAAAAUCUUCCAGAUGAAUUUAGCGAUGAAGGAGGAUUGGAGGAAGAGCGCAGGGCUGAAAAGGCAACGGGACUAUGAAGAGAAACUCUUUCAGCGGGCCGGGGACAAGCUCUUUCUACUCGAUCAAUGCGCAAGGUUUCGCCGUUGCUACCAAUGCAAGAGGAGUCUGGGCAACAGCGGGGAUGGCAACGAAUGGAUCGACAAUAAAUAUAUCCCCGGCGCCCGGUUAGUAGUUUGAAGAAAAUUUGCCUGCCUGCUUCCUGUCCGGCCUCCUUUCAGCCUGCAAAAACUGGACGAUGUCCUUACAGUUUGGACCCUUGUGACACACCGUAGCCAUUUUGGCCGCUUUCUGGUUUAAGAUUUUUUUUUGUCCUUCUGUUUUUGGUAGAUUUUUAUGGAGAAUUAUGUUGAAUUAAAAAAAAUGGAAGUU